UUGUGUGGGUGACAAUCCAGACCGGUUCAUGCCCCAAUCAAGGAGACCCGAGACCUGUCAUUUUAACGAAACCAGCUUUUCCAAUGGCUUGUGGUGCCUACCUUUCCGGUCUGUUUUUCAUUGUGCUUUCCAGCCUGUCUUCGGCAAGUAACGGAGGUGUUAAGGCCAAGGAUCCAUGGCUGUCGCAACCUCAGAGGUCUGUUUCGGUCGUAAAAGGGGAAGUUCUCCACCUGGAGUGCAAAGUGUCUGGUGACCACACACCUGGUCCUGUGAAAUGGUACUUGGGAGAAGGACCUCAGCGGAAGCUCAUCUACUUAGAUGUUCAGACUGAUGAAAAAGAGGAAAGAAUAACAAGGAAUUUUCCAGGUUCUAGCACGGAUUUCACCAUCUCCAUCCGUAAUGUUACUCUGGAAGACGCGGGGACUUAUUACUGUGUGAAGGAGAAGAAAGGGUAUCAAGGAACUACGGAAUGGCUUAAAGGACCAGGGACUCAGGUGGUUGUAGAAGGUUUACCGGGACAAUCCAUCCAUGGUCUCUAUUUGGGGCUUUUCCUGAAUAAAGUAGCAGUGGCUCUCUUGCUCCUUGGCCUUUUCCAAAUAAAGCAACAUGGAGGCUGCCUUGCAAGAUAUUUUGCUAAAUGUAGACCCGUCUAAGGCGGGACUCGAACUCACAGUCUCCUGGCUUGCAGCCUGGUGCCUUAACCAGUAAACUGGCUCCCUCUGUAUGUAAAGUAAGGAAGAAAAAAGAAGAAAAAAGAAAGAAAAAAAAGGGAAAGAAAGAAAGAAAGAAAGAAAGAAAGAAGGAAGGAAGGAAGGAAGGAAGGAAGGAAGGAAGGAAGGAAGGAGGAAGGAAGAAAGAAGGAAAGAAAAAAUGCUGAAGAAAAAGAAAAAAGAAAAACAGAUAUAAUGAAGUGGUUCCUGAUAUUCUUCUCAGCAAAUUAUAAGUAUAGGUGGUCCUCGACUUACAACCACAACUGAGCCCAAAAUUUAUGUCACUAAGCCAGAAAUUUGUUAAGCGAGCUUUGCCCCAUGUUACGACCUUUCUUGCCACAGUCGUUAAGUGAAUCACUGCAGUUGAUAAAUUAGCAACACGGUCGUUAAGUGAAUCUGGUUGCCCCCAUUGACUUUGCUUGUCAGAAGGUCACAAAAGGGGAUCACGUGACCCCCCCCCAGUAUGCUGCAACCAUCAUAAAUGUGAACCGGUUGCCAAGCGUCUCAAUUUUGAUCACAUCCUGCCACAUGCUUCAACGGUCGUUAAGUGUGAAAAAAAGAUCAUAAGUCAUUCUUUUCAGUGCCGUUGUAUGUUGAAAAGGUCACUAAAUGAAUUGUUGUAAGUUGAGAACUGCCUGUAGGAAUAUAUUUGUACAUAUUCAAACAUCAAAAAAAUGCAUAUACAAAAAUUUUAUUUUCUGUUUUUGUACUACAUAUUAUAAACUAAUAAAUAAAUACAAAGGAAAUUGGGGACCGGAUGGGAUGAAACGGACUCCACCUCAACCCUAGCAAGACAGAGGAUCUGUGGGUACAGGUAGUCCUCGAUUUACGACCACAAUUGAACCAGAGGUGGGUUUCAGCAGGUUCUGACCAGUUCUGGAGAACCGGUAGCGGAAAUUUUUGGAGAACCGGUAGUAAAAAUUCUGACUGGCCCCGCCCCCAUUUAUUCUCCGCCUCC